UUGGCCGAGCCUCCUGAGGCGCGUUCACGAGUCCUCGUUGUUCGGAAAUGUCGGCGACGUCUCCGCCUUCGUCCUGCUGCUGAAGGAGGAGGAGGAACAUUUUUUUGUUGUUUGUUUUAGUUUUUGGCGGUGAAGCGUUAAGAUGAACUCCCGUCCUUAAUCUCGACUCUCAGACCAGUCGCCGCCCCGGUCGUCGCCAUGGAGACGGUGGUGAUCGUGGCCAUCGGUGUGCUCGCCACCAUCUUCCUGGCGUCCUUGGCCGCCCUGGUGGUGGUGUGCCGCCACCGCUACUGCCACCCGCACCAUCUGCUGCACCACUUUGACUCCAAACCCACGGUGGACCUGAUCGGCGCCAUGGAGACGCAGAGCGAGUUGUCCGAGCUGGAGCUGGACGACGUGGUCAUCACCAACCCGCACAUUGAGGCCAUCCUGGAGAACGAGGACUGGAUCGAGGACGCCUCCGGAUUGGUCUCUCACUGCAUCGCUAUCCUGAAGAUCUGCCACACGUUGACGGAGAAACUGGUCGCCCUGACGAUGGGCUCAGGGGCCAAGGUCAAAGCGCCGGCCAGCCUGGGCGACAUCAUCACUGUGGCCAAGCGUAUCAGCCCCAGGGUGGACGAUGUGGUACGAUCCAUGUACCCGCCUUUGGACCCCAUCCUGCUGGACGCUAGGGCGACUGCUCUUCUCCUGUCCGUCAGCCACCUGGUCCUGGUCACUCGCAACGCCUGCCACAUGUCGGGAAGCCUGGACUGGAUCGACCAAUCGCUACACGCGGCCGAGGACCACAUGGUGGUCCUGAGGGAGGCGGCUCUGGCCUCCGAGCCGGAGCGCGGCGUCCUCAACGGGACCGAGGGCCAGAGGGAGCACGCCAUCUAGACCCCGCCGAGACGUUUGACUUUGAACGCAGCACCAGCACAUCAGGCUUCAAACACUCAUUCAAACCUUAAACUCUAACCCAAACUUCCCUGGCAUGAAAGCCAGCUCUGAAACACUCAUCUUUUCUGUCUAAUCAACCUAAUUCAACCCUAAUUUGAAACUCUAACUAACUUCAAAUUUUAACCCUGACUUGAAACCCAAAUUUGAAAUGCUAACCCUGUCUUAAAACCCCUAACCUUGACUUCAAACCUAAAUCCUGUCUUGAAACCGUAAUCCUGCUUCCAAUUAGAGAAAUUAAACAGGAUCAGGAUUUUAAAUUAGGUUUUCACAUCAGGGUCAGGGUUUGAAGCAAAGGUUAAAAUUUGAAAUUACAGUUUCAAGACGGGUUUACGGUUUCAAAUUAAGGUGAUUUGAAACCAUAACUCCGUGUUGAAAACCUAAUGAUGAUGAAAUUAGAUUAAUUAGAAACCCUAACCCUGGCUUGAAACCCUAACUCUAGUUUCAAACCUGAAAUCUGUUUUGAAACGCUAAUCCUGCUUGAAAUUAUAGUUCAAGACAGUGUAAAAUAUUCAAAUGAGGGAUUUUCACGUCAGGGGUUAGGGUUUGAAGCAAAGGUUGAGGUUUCAAAUGAUUGUUUUCAAGUCGGGGUUUAGGUUUCAAUUAUGGCGAUAUGAAACCCUAAACCUGGCUUCAAACCCUAAUGAUGAAAUGUCUUGAACCUCUAAUUUGAAACCCUAUCCACUCACUGCAUAAAACCCUAACCCUGCUGUGAAACCCAAACUUGAAAUCCUAACCCUGUCUUGAACUGCUCAUUUGAAACCCUAAACCUGGCUUCGAAACCCAUUUAGUUGGACCAAAGUCCUGGCGUUCUUUGAUGUUUGACCGCCAGCCGCCACUCCAGCACUCGGCCAACUUGACCUGAGCGCAGGCUUUACACACUGAAUCUUUCAUGAGGCGGAGGCGCCGAUGUUGACGACUCAAAGCAUAAGUCAAUGAGUAUUGAUUGAGUAUUGAUCGUUUUGUUUACUUUCCUCAACAAGUUAAGUCAAAGUCCCGCAUCCAUGAAAGACUUUUCUCGUAGCGGUGGGCUAUUUAAAUCCAAUUUCUCAUACGGAGGCUUAGUCAGCUAAUCCGUGCUCAGAAAAAUAUCAGACCGUGAAACGGCCACCACUAAGCGGACUGGCGGACAUUUUGUGAGUGUGAACAGGCGAGCGAUGCGAUGAAAUAUUUAGAAAAUUCAGCUCCCAAAGCCAGUGUCACUUAGUAACAUGAAAUUUGGUAGCCAUGCCAAUCAUGCAUAGACAUGGCAAAAAGUCUCAAGAAGCAAUGCCUGAAAAGACACAGAAAGUCAGCCAUUUUGAUUUGAAGCGAACAUUUUAGGCUCAUUUGGCCAUUUGCAGGAGUUCUUCAAUGACAAACUCCAGCCACGUUCCACGUUCUUUUUCUUGGUCACGUCACCUGUUGCUGGGCAGAAUUCGUGGGGCACCACUAUUCAUGCCCCAGCCAUCCAUUUUCUAUAUCGUUUGGGUGGUGGAGGAGCUGAAGACUAGCCCAGCUGACCUUGAGCAAGAAAUGUGUUACACCCUGGACUGGUUGCCAGCCAAUCACAGGGCAGGUAUAGACAGAUAAGUGUCCACGCUGAGAUUCACACCUAUGGACAAUUUUCUUCAAUAAUGGUAAAAUGCUUGUUAUUGGAAUUGCAAUGUGAACCCGGACAAAAAGUAGGAUUCAAACACACAUCAGAACUGUAAGGCAGAAGUGCUACCCCACUAGUUACAAAAUGCUGCCGAUGGACACACCCAUUUAAGAAAAUUGUAUACGCUGUAGGAACAGUUCAGUGAAGUUCUCUUCUGUUCUACCAAGGAUUAAUUUAGCGUGGAAGAACCCCCAUUAAACUUCCGCUUCCUGUAUGUAUCCCAAUACUUUUGUUCACAUUGAUAGUCAUCCAUUUUCUAAAUGAUCCUUUGUUGAACAUGAGACUACAAUUUACAACCAGGGUUUCCCAAACUGUGGGGCCAAAAUGGGUCGACUGGCUGUUUUUUAUCGGGCCGCCAACGCCUUGGGCUUUUGUGUUUCUUGUCUGUUGUAGUACAGUAAAUUUUGUUUAGGUUCAGAAUACAUUAGUGCUACGGCAAUACAUGCCAUAUUUUUGCCACGUACUUUACUUACUUUGUGAGGAACUAAACUUGGGUCUUUGAGCUCCACAAUGAGCUCCACAUUAAUGUACUCAUUGGUCUCCAUAGUAACAGUCUGUAGCAUUUUCCAGGCCCCAAAAUGGCUGCCCGCCAAACGCCACACUGUGUUGGUCAUUUGUGACUAUCAAGGAUGAAGUGUAACACAAAAUGUGCCGUUUAUGUUGUUUAUUAGAUGAUCUUUUUUAAGCACUCGAGCACCACAUACAGUAGUUUGUCACGUGUAUAUAUGUCCUCUCAUAUCUUCAACCUGUAAUUUGUACAGAUAAAAUGAUUGUUGUACUGUGUCUUGUUGAAAAAGUACAUAAAUAAAGUUGCCUUCUUUUUUUUUUAA